UCUUCCGGGUGCCAGGCUGCAGUUUCAGCUCCUUUGCUGAACUGAGUUUAGCAGCUAGUGUGAGGAUCUCUCAGGCCAGCUUCUAGGUUCUGUGAGAAGCUCAGGAGAGAUCCAAGCGAUGGUAUGGAUGCAGUGACCUAUGAUGAUGUGCAUGUGAACUUUACUCAGGAAGAGUGGGCUUUGCUGGAUCCUUCCCAGAAGACUCUCUACAAAGAUGUGAUGCUGGAGACCUACAGGAACCUCACUGCCAUAGGUUAUAACUGGGAAGACCAUAAUAUUGAAGAACAUCGUCAAAGGUCUAGAAGACAUGGAAGGCAUGGAAGAAGCCAUACUGGAGAGAAACCCUCUGAAUAUACUGAGCAUAGUAAAGACUUUGCAGGUCACAGUCAUCCUCAAAGGCAUGAAAGAAUUCAUACUGAGGAGAAACCCUAUGAAUGUAACCAAUGUGGGAAAGUGUAUACACAUCACUGUGAUCUCAUGAGACAUAAAAGAACACACACUGGAGAGAAACCUUACGAAUGUAAUCAAUGUGAUGAAGCCUUUUCACAACACAGUAGUCUCCUAAUACAUACAAGAACACAUACUGGAGAGAAACCCUAUGAAUGUAAGUAAUAUGAGAAAGCCUUUGCAGAUUCCAGUAGUCUCCGAAAACAUAAAAGAACACAUACUGGAGAGAAAUCUUACAAAUGUAAUCAGUGUGGUAAAGCCUUUUCACUAUGCAGUACUCUUCGAAGACAUAAAAAAAAAACACAUACUGGAGAGAAACCUGUUGAGUGUAAUCAGUGUGGGAAAGCCUUUGCACGUCACAGUCAUCUUCAAAGGUAUGAACGAAUUCAUACUGGAGAGAAAUCCUACAAAUACAAUCAACAUGAUAAAGCAUUUCUAUGUCUCAGUCAUCUUCAAAGGCAUGAACAAUUUCAUAAUGAAGAGACCCUCUACAAAUGUAACCAAUAUGAAAAAGCCUUUUUGAAACGCAAUAGUUUCUUAAUACAUAGAAGAACACAUACUGGAGAGAAACC